AUGGGGUCUUGCGACGGGUUCCGUGUCCUUAUUAUUGGCGCGGGCGCCUGCGGAUUGGCUAUUGCACAAGGACUGCAGAAAGGAGGCAUCCCAUACACGAUAUUCGAGCGUGACUCCGCAGAGGACUUCUGGGACAAGACACGAGACUGGGGGAUGUUGCUGCACUGGGGGAGGGGCUUCCUGAUGAAGACGCUUCCGGCAGACUUGCAAGCUCGAUUUGACGAAACUUUGGCCGAUCCGGCAUACGAUGGAACGGAAGGAGUUCCUAUUCCCCAUGUGAACGGAAAAACGGGUGAAGUGAUGGCCAGAAUAGCAAUGCCAGGAAUGGUCCGGGUGUCAAGGAAGAAACUGCGAGCUUUCUUGACAUCAAAGCGAGACCUCGACAUAUCGUUCAAAAAGAAACUCGUUUCUGUCGAAUCGACGGGAUCGACUGUCACAGCAACAUUUGAAGACGGCUCCACAGAACGAGGACAUCUCAUUGUAGGCUGUGACGGUUCACGGUCAAAAGUCCGGGAAUAUCUGGUUGGGCCGGAGGCUGCGAAACCAUCCGACACUGGCAUGACCAUCAUCAACCACGCUGCCUCUUGUUUCACGGCAGAGCAGGCUCGCCUCUUCCGGAAAUAUCAUCCAGUUGCGACGUGUUUCUAUGAUCCAGAAGUAUCCGGUAUCUUUCUGUUAACAAUACUCGAUGCAUCCAACGCCGAAAAGCCAGAAACGUGGAGUUUCCAGAUUCACCAUGCCUGGUGGGGGGCUCCAACAGCAGCCGACUUGAAAGAUCCCAAGGCUCGGCUUCAAUUCUUCCGGGAGAGAAGUUCCCGCAUUUGUGAACCGUUUUCCACGGCCGCCGCUGCUCUCCCCGACGAUACCGUGCUGCCCGCAGAUCCUGGGCAACAAUGGUCAACGAUUCCCUGGGACAAUCAUAAUGGGACGGUCACGAUUGCGGGAGAUGCCGCUCACUCAAUGCUUCCCAAUCGUGGACAAGGGUUGAAUAACGCUAUGCAGGACGCUGCAGAGAUUGUGGAUGCGGUCAAGUUGGCUGCUUCCGGACAAUCGUCCCUGAAAGAAGUGGUGACCGCAUACGAGGAACGAAUGCGACCGAGAGGGACUAGGGAUGUAGCGUUGUCGCUUGAAACUGCAUCCAAACUCUUUGUCGCCGAGCUUAAAGAGAGCCCCAUGUUCAAAGUAGGCUUGCAGAAGAUGGACGGCCAGAAGGUCGUCAGAGCCCCCAAUGCAGUCCAGCUAACGGAUUGA